UCUGUCACGUGACAUUAUUUACUUCCGCUUUGCGGUCUCAACUAUUUCGCCUUUUUGUCUGUGCUGAUCGAAAAUGGCUCGAAACGAAGAAAAGCAGCAAGGUCGUUUGAACAGACUUUGGCUACAGAAAGAGAGAGAAGAGGGUCGACUAAAAGAUGUCCAGGAGCGCAGACCCAAGCUGUGUACACUUAACUCGGCUACCUCUGUGAAAAAGUGGAUUCCCAGCAUAAAGAAAGACAUGGAGUAUUACUUGCAGCAAUCCCAACUUGCACAUUACCCUGAGCGGAAGAUAGACGAGUUCCAGUUGAAGAUGGAGGCCUUGGAGCGGGAGUACAAAAGAUUUGUGACCAAGCUACGAGUGCUUGACCCCACCUGCAAGCACAAACCUUGGACCCUCAGGGCUUAUUGUAAAAGGAGAGCAGACGUGCCAGAGUAUUCCAGCAUUGUGAAAAAGUCAAAGGUUUCAACAGCAGUGUUCAGUCACCCAGAGCCCAGUUUGCCAGCUUCCAUGCCGACCGUUGAGGUAGCCUCCAAUGACCAAGAUCAGCCGCUCAAUUUUGACCGCACGCGUCUGGCAAUUGUUGCUGCGGCCUUCAGGGGAGCGUCAGAUCACAAGGGUGUCUCCCAAACGCAGAACCUUGCAAGGACGCUUCAGCGUUCCUUGCCAAACUUGGGAAACAUGGCGGCAGAGGUGAGUUCAGUCGUCGGACAGAAAGAAGCCGCGGAAGAGUCGGCUCAAAGGACAGCUGCGAAAUCAUCCCGGGGUCAUGUGCUUGGCCUGGACUGUUACUCGUCUUCUGGGGAGGAGUCAGACUCAUAACAGCCAUAUUACCUAAGAGGUUUGUUUUCCUUUUUUUUGGUCUUGUUUUUUUUCCAUCUGUGGAAGGACACACAAAAA